CCAAUUGUUACUAAAGUAUUGACUGGUCUGUUUAUCUUCCAGCUGGCAGGAAUGGCUGUCAUUGCCUUUGGUCUAUGGCUGCGGUUUGGUGGGGCUAUGGCAGACUUUGCUUCAGAGAAAAGGUCUCCAGAGUAUUUCUUCAUGGGACUCUAUGUAUUGGUGGGAGCAGGGGCUCUCAUGACCACAGUUGGAUUUUUUGGGUGCUGUGGAGCUGCGCGGGAGUCUCAGUGCUUACUUGGAGCAUUCUUUGCUUGCUUGUUGGUGAUAUUUGCGGCUGAGGUCACUGCUGGAGUAUUUGCCUUUAUAGGCAAGAAAGUGGCAAUACAGGAAGCUCAGAAAAUCUAUGAAGACAUUUAUGAUGACUAUAUGAAAAACCCAGGGGGGAAGGUCAACAGGACUAUCUAUCGCUACCACUUGGCUCUCCAAUGCUGUGGUAAAGAUAAUAUGGAACAACAAAUGGGAUUACCCUGUCCAGAGAACAUCCAGAUGCCAAAGAACUGCCUCGUUGAAAUCCAGAAUGUAAUUGAUGCUAAUCUGCAUUUAGUUGGAAUUGUUGGAAUUGCAAUUGCUGGCAUCGCAAUCUUUGGCAUGAUAUUCAGCAUGGUUCUGUGCUGUGUGAUCCGUAACACAAGAGACGUGAUCUAAAACUUUCACUACACAACUAUGUCCCAGGAGUUCCAGACUAAGCUUUACAAGAAGUGCUCUUCUACCCAAUUUAAUAAUUGUAAUGCAUUUUAAUUAGUGUUUUAACAUACUGAGAGGAAAAUAUCCCAUUAGGUGAGCAGGUGAAUUGUAUUAGUUACAGUAAAACCAAAGUGACAAAAAAGGGGUUUAAAAUGUCCUUUUUAAUGAAAAAAGCAAAGGUUCAUCUAAGACUCAUUUGAUUUUUAGUGUUUAUAUAUGUGCAAUUAAGAGUUUACACACCUGUAGACAUUGUAUAAGCACAUGCAUAUCUCUCCUUACAAAUAUAUAUGCACAU